CCACCCCUUCACUUCUUAUAUCUCUUGAGCUCUAUUCUCUCUUCCAUCCUCGCCUCCUUCAUUUCAACAUAUAUGGCCGAUGACGAUGACAUGUUCCCUGAAUUCCCAGCUGACCUCAAGGGACAUUGAGUUCGCUCUUAAAUCACAGCCUCUAACGGUGCAGAAUCCUCCGAAGACUGGUAUUAUUCAGUCAUACGGUUCAAUUGAACCUCCACCUGAUUUCCUCAAACCUGAUGACGAUGAAGAAAUUGAAGAUGAUGAAGAUCGAGACGACGAAGAUGCUUUCUCCAACAAUUCUUCUGAUGAUGAUUCUGAUGACUCAGGCGAAAAGGUUGUGAAUGAAGAUAUAGAAUUGGGGGACACGCAAAAACUACCGCACAAGAUGAUUAGCUUUGAGUCCAACUGGUUGGUGAUGGAGAGAAGUAGGAAAAAAACCUUCGCUGUUGCGGUUAUGUAGCAAGGGAAAAAGAAAGAUUGUGUUUCUCUCGGUUCUGUUUGCUUCAAGAUUUGUAUGUUGUCACAGAGAAGAGAUUCAUCUCCUUUGACUUUCAUUUAUUGUUUGGAUUUUCAAGUUUCAAGCUGUUGUUUCUGAGCCUGGAAAAGGCAUAUCUUCAACCUAAUAAAACUUCCUUUCAUAU